AUGUCCCGUCUUUACCAUAUCUACAACCUCCUAAUCCUAAUUUCUAUUCUCUGUCAAUCACCCGCAUGGGCCCAAUCAGUGGAACCCACAACACUGACCGUGCCACGAUCGGCCUGGCACGCAAGUGGAGAGACCACAGAUCGUCGAUCAGCAUCCACAGAGGAAACAACUACAGUCCGCCGACGAACAAUCGUCACAGCAACAGAUUCCACCUCAACAGGAAUGCCCAAGCCCUUCGACACACUGUCCUACAACUUCGCCAACGCCAGCACCUGCAUCGAUUUCUUCGCGAAAUGGCGCGCCAACACAACAAUCUCCAACUGCAACGCCAUCUCCCUCCUAAUCGAGAACUCAAACGCCUUCUUCCACACCCUCUCUUCUGCCCCCGCCACCUCCCGCAUCCUGGAUAAGUCCUGCUCCGCAGAUGUCUCCAGGUGCGCAUCCAUCAUGACCGGUCUCGCAGCGGACCUACUGGACCCGGGCAACUGCGGCGACGACUAUGAAAACGGUAACUCCGUCGUCAAGGGCACGUAUCGGGAUCUCGUCGCUUACGAACCAAUGUACCGCGCCACUUGUCUCGCGAGCCCGUCGACGCAGAAAUACUGCUUCGUCGACGCGGUGUCCAAUUCAACUGCUCCCGAUGAUUACGGCAUCUACCUCAUGCCGCUGGGUACACCGCUCACUGUUGGGAGUGUGCCGACUUGUAAUAAGUGUCUGAAGGAGACGAUGGAUCUCUACUCCGGAUGGGCGAGACGGGAUGGCCAGCCUCUUGAUACGACUUAUCUCCCCUCUGCGAAGAUCGUUAAUGCGCAAUGUGGCGAUGGCUUUGCGGCGACCAAUAUCACUGUUGGCUCGGUGGAUGUUAGGGCUGGUGCGGGUCUUGCUGUUCCCUUGCCUCAUCUUGGAUUCGCGACUGUCAUGGCCUUGGUUCUUGGUCCCAUGCUGACAGGUCUGUUUUGA